UUCUGGGAAGACAGGUAGCCCAGAGUGGUGUUGUGAUGUGGAAAGAUGGCCGAAUAAGUCACGAUGUCUUCAACACUCACCUGGAAGACUUUUUACGGGUCUCCAAAAUACUUGGUGAUGACUGGGAAGUUAGGAUAGUAGCUAAUGCUCCAAAGAUCGUGUCAGGAGUUCCUGUGAAAUACCUUGUCAAGCGAAGUAUAGUGGCUAUUGAAAGCCACAAGGCAGAAGAUGGUGAAAGGUCUCUACAAUAUCUUGAAGGCCUUGAGGCAAGCGAAAGUUAUGUCAGUGAUGAUGAGUGUGAGUUGAUCUCCAUAGCAUCAAGUGCUAAAGACUCUUAUUGGAUAUUUGUGUACCAUGUGCUGUACAGCCCUAGUUAUAGUGUACCAGUUCUGUACUUUACUGCCAACAAACAAGAUGGCACUCCACUGAGUCUGGAGGAGGUGUGGUCAAACAUUCCUCAUGUCUACCAUCAGCGACUACAGUAUGAAAAGUGGACAUUUCUUACUCAACAGGAACAUCCAAUACUUGGGGCACCGUGUUUCCAGCUUCACCCUUGUCACACUGCCGACCUGAUGAAAAACACUUCUCCGACAGGAAGUUGUACAGCACAAGGCAGCAAACAGAUCCGGACAAAUUAUUUAGUCUCUUGGCUAAGCCAAGUGGGGCCAGUUGUUGGGCUUAAUUUGCCUUUGCAAUACUGCUCAAGCCAAGAAGGGAACUGUACAACAAGAGCAUGACAUUGAAGAAUCUCAAUAUACACUAUUAUAUAUAUUAGUUUUGCCAUAAGUGAGAAAGAAGCAUUUCUGCCUUGGAAAUUUCUGCCUUGAAAAAGCACACUAAAAACUGUUGUAAAAAGUAAACAAAGUAAAGAAAAAGCAGAUGAGUUAAAUAGACUGAAUACAUGUUAUGCAUGGAAUUGAACAUGUUAACAGUUACAUAUUCAAUACAUCUACCAUGAGAAACAAAAUGGUAUUUUUUAGUACAAUGGGAAAAGCAAAGAAGAAUGGAGUUUGGCCCAGAAAUGGAGGUAAUAGAAGGGUGGAUAGGAGGAAUAGAAGGGUGGAUGGCAUCCUUUGUUGCUUCCAAAAGCUGACAUAUGAGUAUUCCUCAAACUCUGAAACUGACUGAUUGAAAGCCAUUUUAGAGUUAGGUACACUAACACCAAUAAGCAUUACAAGGAUUUGAUUGAUAGAAGAUGAAAUGCUAUGUCACUUGAAAUAAAAACAUAAGUUUGUAGAACACUCAAAAUGACAGUACAACAUUGAGAUAACUGUUAGUUUGCUCAAUAUAAAGGAUGUUUGCGAAUUGAGGAGGGAAAGGGAAUUAUGCACUGAAUUUGAAAUAUCACUCAUAGAUCUUGAACAAAUUUAUUUCAAGAAGACACUGGUUUUGCAUGGUAUUUUUUAGCUGUGGCCUCCAUCCAUCAUCCACUGAAAGAAAGACAAUAAACAUGUUUGAGAAUUUAAUACAAAAUCCACACAAAAGGCAUUUUAAACAAAUCAAAUGUACAGCUUAGUGGACAAAGGUUUUCAGAAAGAAUACUGUGUUACCUGUGAGCUUAAAUCUAACUCCUUGAAUAUACUGUAUGUGAAUUAUACCAUUACCUAUCUUAGCCUUCGUGCUUCUCUUUCCGAUUCAAGCAGGGUUAGCAUAUCUCCCUCUCUGACAGGCCCUUUCACAUUACGGAUGAUAGACCGGUUUGUGUCAUCAAUGAAUUCUACUCGGACCUGAAAAUGGGCAUAAAAAAUAAGACAACAGCAAGCUGUUUUAGAAAAAAGAAACAUAACGCAUGUUUUUCUGUUGAAAUGACCUGUUUAUUCUUCAGAAUAAAUUCAGUGCUAGUG